GCGACGUUCACCGACAUUGAACACACGACGCAUAUAAAAACCUCCGCAGCGCUGUCUCAACAUCAAGUUUCGACUUGGCGAACGCACGUAAACGACCAAAGUACACGUCGCACGUCCAAAGAUUCAAACCUGCAGUGCAGCAUUUCUGGUAUUCUGCAGUACAUAUCGCACACAGGGCGUAGUAGCGAGCCGGUUUCGACCCAAUCACGUACAAUACUCACACGCACACAACGUUUUCCUGCGCGGUUUCCCUGCUUCAACGGACAACUUUGCUUCGUGCCGUUCAGUUUCACGCCGGCAUUCAUACCCGCCAGUUGUUCUCGUCUACAAAAUCAAAAGACAAAUCUUUAAUUAAUAAAAAUGGAGGCUUUCUACGGCAAGAAAUACAAGCUCAACACCUCGGAGAACUUCGACGAGUUCAUGAAGGCUCUGGGUGUUGGUCUGGUGACCCGCAAAAUGGGUAAUGCCGUCUCCCCAGUGGUGGAACUGAAGCAAGAUGGCGACGAGUACACGCUGACGUCCAACUCGACGUUCAAGAACGUCACCACCAAGUUCAAGCUGGGCGAGCAGAUGGACGAUGAGACGCCGGAUGGUCGUAAGGUGAAGAGCACCUUCACUAUCAGUGGCUCCACCCUGCAUGAGGAUCAGGUUGGUGCGGACGGAAAGACGACCACCAUUGACCGGAUCUUCUCCGGGGAUGAAAUCAAAAUGGUGUGCAAGGUUGAUGACAUCACUUGCACCAGGAUCUACAAGCUGCAAGCUUGAGGAGAUUAAAACAAGACUGCCCUGCUUCGUACACAUUCGGUGUCCCCAACUAUUUACUAUUGUUCAAUGAUAACGCGUGAAACUGUUCAUGUUCAAGUAUCGAAUUGAUGAUUUUCACAUCACUAAAAAUCUGAAUAAACUGAGUUUAUACGAGA